UUUCAUUGAUUCUUGGAGGGACAGACGUGUUACAAAUUAGAAAUCCAUUAGCAGUUUCUUCGACGUGUUGCAGAGAAAAACAAUAUCAAAAGCAGAAAACAUCGAAUAUAUGUGCUUUGAUUUAUUGUUAUAUCAAUACUUAUGUAAUUAACUGAUACACUGCAUAGAAAAGGUGACUUGGAUGACGACAACGUUUGGGUGCCUUAACUUUCUUUUGGCUGCAAUUGGAACCAUCGAGAGAGGAAAGAAAAACAAAGAAGCUAAGUCUGGUGACAUCGCGGGGCUUCUUUCCAACUGCGUAGGAAUCAAUACGGAAAGCUACAAACAGGAGUAUAUUUCAUACGUUCCAAAUCUAAAAACCUGAGACCUAAGUGUGACUGGAAUAGACCAGAAGAGGCGGACCGCAUAUCUUCAAUUUUAUUGGAUAAUACAUGCCAUACGUCACUCAUUAAGAAGAAAUCAGAAGUUCUGAUUGCAUUUAGCUUAUUUAAAGAGCGAAGGUUCAAAAUCUCAGUUGUUUGUUUUGGAAAAAUGUCCCCGGCAUCGGAAACUAUUAACCGGUAGCCUACUGUAGGCAAUUAGUAAUUUAUUUAUAUAUUGACCGUUGAUAAGAGCAUUCAGAUUUGCUGUCUUGAUUAUAAGCUUCAUAAGCGAUAGACGCAUUGUUUGUCUGGAAUCAUAUGAAUCCAUCUAGCAACAUCUUAUUCAUGAAGACUACACAAUGGAAAGUUGUUGUAAGGACGUAGGAUUCCAUGGGGCUUUUUUAACAGUCUUCUUGCUUCUUGCAGUCUCCUUAGCUCUAGCGGAUGGUGAUUCAUAUAACAUAGUAUCCAAAGAGAAGCAACUGAUAAAGUCUCUCCUAGACCGUUACGCUACCUAUGGACGCUAUGGGAGACCUGUUGUUAACACGUCCGAGAUCAUUACCAUUAGAUUUGGUCUUUCUUUGAUCCAAAUUCUGAAAGUGGACGAAAAGAAUCAAGUUUUUGAGACAAAUGUUUGGGAAACGUUCACCUGGAAAGAUGCAUUGCUAACAUGGAACCCUGAUGAACAUGAGGGAAUCAAAAAGAUUCGCGUGCCCUCUGAACAAGUCUGGAUUCCGGAUUUAAAACUUUACAAUUUCGCUGACCCAAGACUGAAAGAAAAGCGAGAUGCUCUGGUUGUAGUAGAACAUGACGGUUCUAUCCUGUGGAUACCACAAGCCAUACUCCGCAGCAACUGUCCAUUUAGUACUACAUACUUUCCCUUUGACACUCAGACCUGCAAAAUGAAAUUCGGUUUUUGGACAUACGAUGGAACUCAACUGGACCUCGACUUUUUUCAAGAUGUUCAUCAGAUGUCUGUAGCAGAUUAUCUAAGUGCCACGGAAUGGGACAUAAUUGCAAAUUAUGCUAACAAAACAGAAUUCUUCUAUGAAUGUUGCCCAAAUCAACCCUUUCCAGACCUUACCUUUUACAUAACGAUCAAGAGAAAGGUGGCUUUUUAUACCUUUAUUUUAAUUUUACCAUGUGCUCUGCUGUCUCUUCUGACAUUAGUGAUAUUCUGGGUUCCACCUGAAUCACCUGCAAAAUUAGUUCUUGGGAUGAACGUUUUUGUCGCCUUUUUCGUCUUGUUACUAUUACUGGCAGAAUCAACGCCAAAAGCCGCAGAUAGUGUUCCUCUGAUUGGAACUUACUUCUGUUUGAGUAUGAUAAUGAUCACCCUGUCCACCAUUCUGGCUGUCAUAGUGACAAACAUGUUCUUCCGAGGUGUUCGAAUAAAUCGCGCACCUGCAUGGCUUCGAACGCUUAUGAUCGACAUUGUUGCUCGAAUAUUUUUCAUCCGGCAUCAGCUUGUCGAAGAACAACAGCCGGACACUUCUCAGAAAGUAGUGUGUUCCCAGGUCCGUCUGCUGAAUGAUGGAAAAGAGGAACGAACAUUUACAAUGCCCAAGCCCCCAUCUAUGCAAAACACGGGAUUGCAGCAGCAAAAUUCGGGUGUUCAACACAUCUUUGAACAAAACAAUUGCCAUACUUCUCCCGAUAGCAACGACAACGAAAGGCUUAAUAUACUCAAAUCAAGCCUUGCAUCGGACCUUCGGAAAAUUCGUGAAAUUCUGGAAUUUCAUAGGGAUAAGAAAGAGAAAUCAGAGAGAAAGGAAAAAUACGUCAGAGAGUGGAGGGUUAUUUGCUGUGUUACAGACCGUUUGUUCUUCCUGUGUUAUCUUAUCAUAAACAUAACAAUGAUCAUCGUCAUUUUCUAUGGAAUCAAUUGAAAAUUCUCCUCUUUAAAACGCAAAAUGAAGUAGUUUUUUUCUUGCUUUGUAAAAACUGUUUUGAUUUGCUUUUUGGUUGAAUGUACAGAAUAUAUUAUGUUGAUGCUUACUUUUAUUCAUAAUUAAUCCAAUGUUUUGGAAGUCUGUGUUUGCUCUGCUCCUAUUUUGUAUUGUUUUAUGGACUUUUGAUCUUGAAUACUGUUCAUUAUCUCCAUAUGUUUUUUUAAUUAGUUUUUAGUACUUGCUUAUCUCUUCUUUUGAAACCUGAAUUCAAACAUUUUGGUAUCCUUUUUUUUAACAUGUACAAGACUGCAGAGUACACAUGUAUGAGUCUGACAUUUCAGUAUUGACGCUGCAAUAAUGGAAUAUACAUUUUUUUUAUCAUAUACAUCCCUAACUUAUUUAUUGUAAUAUGUUGCCAAACUUCUUCAUAAUUUAUUAAAGUUUUUAACUUAUAAAACACAGUAUUUAUUUUGAUCAUAAGAAAGAUGAAAUGAAUGGUAAAUGCAUUGUAAGGAAAACCAGUUUGGUGUAAACGAAACCUCAAGAGAUAUUUAAGAUAGCAAGAAAAUUAUUAAGAUUUGGUUUCUAUGAUAUCUUAAUUAUCAUGUAUGCAUGUAUAAAAAUAGAAUUUUACAACAUAUGUGAUCUGUUUUGUUUUAUCAUAUAAAAGUCUUUUUUAAAGGAAGCAAUAAGAAAGAUAUCUUUUUUUUUUUUUGCUUUCAC